AUGGAGCUUUUAGAGCCUUUUCGAGCUACUGCAGUGAUUUUACAAGAGUCUGUCAAAAUUCUUCCGAAAAAUGGGAAGCUCAUAGCCUUAAUACUUGUGCCUUCUGUGGUGCUCUAUUCCCUUUUCUUCUUGCUGUUUAGUUUUUCUUACAAGUCACUGUUCCGUGAUAUGCUCAUGAGAGAGUCCUUCAUUCCUUUAAGCAGUCCUGGGAGCGAAGAAUUCACUAAUGCACUCGCUCGUCUUAAAGAAGAUGUUGGCCUAAUGUUUGUUGUUGAGGUCAUUGUGCUUCUGGCUUACUGGAUCAUCUCCCUCUUAUCCGUAACUGCAUCAGUCUCGGUAUCUGCCAUCACAAAUAGUGGUGGGAGUGGAAAUUUAUCUUGCAAGGAGUUUGCUUUAAUGGUGAUUCGGGCGUGUAAAAGAUCGCUGAUCACUGGAUUUUACACGACGCUUCUUGGUUCUGGCUACUUUUUCUUUGUCUUGACUAUGGCUGCACCCCUUUUUAUGUUUUCUGAUUUUGGGCUAGGAUAUGUCCCCUCUUCCAUAAUCUGGUACGCGGUUUUUGCAUACUUACUGUAUGUGUACUUAUCAGUUGUUUGGAUUCUGAGCAUAGUGGUUUCAGUCAUCGAAGAAAAUACCUAUGGACUUGAAGCAUUGGGGAAAGCUUCAGGUCUUAUUAAGGGAAAGAGGGCUCAGGGGUUUAUCCUGAGUGCCGCUUUUGUGGUGCUUUCUGUGAUCAUGUUUCAAGGAUUUCGGAUUAUCAGGGGUCAUAACUGGCUAAAAAAUGAUGUACUUUUCGGGCUCUUCUCUGUGAAUCUCUCUUUUAUGAUAAAGUUGUUUGAAUUUGUUGGAUAUACCAUUUUAUAUUUCCACUGCAAGAAGCACCAUGAGAACAAUCCAUAUAACAAGUUUUCGCAACGAAGAAAACAAAGGGCACAGCCUUCCUUACGCUUGUUUGGAAUCCUUAAGGAAGCCUUCAAGGUUAGCAUCAGGAAUGGAAGGCCUUUGCUUUUCAUCUUAUUCAUCCUGUUUUCAUCUCAGGCCAUGAUUCGAUACGCUAACACGCGCAUCUUCCUACCUAUCGCUAAAGAUUUCGUCGCCAAAUCCCAAAACCUGCCCAAAAAUGAGACCAUGUUUGACGCUGAUCCUGCCUUGUUUCAAGCUUUCCUCAAGGACAUGCGACACAUUUUCGCCUACGCUUUCGUCGCCCUGUCUUUCCUCUGUCUCGUUGUAGUCUUUUCCGCAGCCGCUUCUGUGCACUCAACAUUUGAAGCCUAUACUGCAAAAGUACUGAGCCUGAAGGAAAUGUUAUCAGGCACCAGGGGAAGAUGGAAAAGAGGUCUGAAAACGUCGAUCUGGAUGAUCUUAAUCGGCGCAGCCAGCGCAGCCCUUUUCUUUUUCAUGUUUGGAAUCGCUGGAGUCAUGGCUGAAGGUUCUGCGCUGAACAUUCUGGUUUCCAUUGUCAUGAUUCUAGGCUAUCACAAUCUUUUUUAUCUCUGUUCCCUUUGGAUGUUUAGCCUUGUGAUUUCGGUCAUUGAGGACGAAUUGUCUGGACUAAAGGCUAUUUCUGAGGCCACUCAGCUGAUGAGAGGUAAAGGAAUGCAGGGAAUUGUGUUGACGGUGCUUUUGAUGUUGCUUCGUGGAGCUAUACCUGGGGUAUUUAGUUUCCUGCAAUCAACAGCCCCUGCUACUGAAAAUGCAAAACUGACCGUGGUGAUUGAUCUGGCUAUCAGCAUUCCAGAGAGCCUGGCAUUUUGCAUGUGGAUAUUGUUUGCUUUUGUAGUGUACACACUGUUUUACCAUGAAUGCAAAGUGAGAAAAACUGCCGCUUCUUACGAUCCUAUAGCUGUUGUUGGUGAUCUUUAG